AUGGAAGAUAUGUUAAAUCGUACGAUUCAAAAAGCGACAAAAAAAUUACAAGACAAAUUAGAUGCUUUAAAAGAUAACAAGUUAGCGCAACGUAUUUGGAAGAUGUAUAAACAAUUUUAUCGUAAAUCGUAUACAACAGACGAAGAAGAAAAGGAACGUUUCGCUAAAUUUAUCGAUAACUUGAAAUUAAUUGUACGUGAGAAUUUUCGAUUUGAUGAAGGUGUUAAAACAUUCAAACUAAAUUUGAAUCAAUUUGGUGACAUGGAUUUGCCAGAGUUUCGUUCCAAAUUAACCGGUCUGAUACCAUCAGAUACCAGACUAAAACGUCAUAUACGUCCAAAACGAUUUUUAAUGGAUAGUGUUAAAAAGAAAAUAAAAAAGAAAAUUUAUCAAAAACUAGAUGAAAAAAUAAACAGAACGGGUAAAAAAAAACAAAAUUAUAAUGUUUACGGCGGUGGUAGUGGUGGGUCGUCGUCAAGCGGCUUUUUUUCUUCAAGAAAAAUAAAACCAAGUCCAUCAAGGAAAAUCCCGUCUGGAUCGCAAGCAGCAGUCGAUUAUCGAAGUUAUAUGAAUCCAAUUGAAAAUCAAGGUCAAUGUGGAUCAUGUUAUGCAUUUGCUGUUACAGCGGCUAUCGAAGGAACAUAUUCAGUGAAGAAAGGAAGUCGUAUAAAGAUGAGUAAACAACAACUUAUUGACUGUUCACCAAAUAAUGGGUGUAGCGGAGGUUAUUUGGGAGCUACAUUUGAUUAUAUUAAGCAACGUUCGGGUUUACAGCCCGAUACGUCAUAUCCCUAUGCAACACGUCAGCAGACUUGUAAAUUGUCACAGUCAAAAGUGGGAGCCAUUUCGAGUUAUGGUAGUAUACAACGAGGGGAUGAAGAAGCUUUGAAACAAGCACUAACAAAUUAUGGUCCAGUAGCUGCAGCUAUUCACACGACAUCCGAUUUACAGUUUUAUGGACCCGGAAAGAGAUUGAACUCACAAGAUAUUUUAGAUAUUCCUGGUUGUUCAAAACAAGUCGAUCACGCAAUUGCUAUUGUGGGCUACGGAACACAAAAUGGCAAAGAUUAUUGGAUAGUGAGAAAUAGUUGGGGCACCAACUGGGGUUUGGAUGGAUAUUUCAAGAUUGCUCGAAACAAAAACAUGUGUGGAAUUGCCACGUACGGCUAUUAUUCAGUAAUAUAA